GGGGCUGUGGCCAGGAGGUUGAAUUGAGUAUCAGCUUUCGCUGAGAAGAAAGCAUAAUUAGACUGUUCUAACACGGAAUGCCUCAUAGCAUUCAAAUCAGAAUUAGAUGGAGGGACAGCUCUUGAAGAAUCAAUAACAAAUAUUAGAAGAAAAAAAGGAAGGUCGUUUUUCUUUGUCCCCUCUUUGCUGGCUUGUGUGUAAUACUGUAUGCACGUGCUGUACAGUCAAGGAGAAUGCUUCAUUUGUACAGAUUCUGAGACUGCAGAUUGUUUGUUUUUAUUUCACUGGAUUACAGCAACAUGGCAAGCCUUUUGUCUGAGUUUCGUCCAGUGCUCUCUGGAUGUCACCUGGCAGUCUCGUGUUUUUGGAUGAAUUUAGUUCAGAGCUAUUAUUAGCUGGUGUUGGAGCGAGAGAGCGGGCAGAGUGGCUUGGGGGGGAUUUGGAAAGGACUGGCAGCAGGACAGAGAUGCCCAGCUGGACUUCUCCGAAGUUUGACCCGAGCCAGAUCAGGUUGAUCGUCUAUCAGGACUGUGAGAGACGGGGGAGAAAUGUUCUCUUUGACUCCAAUGCAAAGAAGAAGAUGACAGAAGAAACCCCGGUUUCGAAGCUGUGCAGCGACGCCCAGGUGAAGGUGUUUGGGAAGUGUUGCCAGCUGAGACCAGCAGGGGGCAGCUCCAGCUCACUGGACAGCUCCUCCUCCUCCACUGCGUCAGAUUCCAAAGAGCAGGGCCACAAACACCAGGGUUCGCGUUGUUCAUCAGAUGCCAACAUGCUGGGGGAAAUGAUGUUUGGGUCUGUUGCAAUGAGUUACAAAGGAUCCACUCUGAAGAUCCAUCAGAUCCGCUCCCCUCCUCAGCUCAUGCUCAGCAAAGUGUUUACAGCCCGCACUGGAAGCAGUGUUUACGGCAGCCUCAACACGUUACAAGACAGCCUGGAGUUCAUCAACCAAGACUCAAACACAUUGAAGCCAGAUCACAACAGUGGGGUGAAUUGCCUUUUAGGAAAUAUAGGUUUUUCUCAGCUUUGCAGCCCCAGGCGGGCGUUCUCAGAGCAGGGCCCGCUCCGUUUGAUCAAGAGCGCCUCUUUCUUUUCAGGUCACAGUAACCCGAUGGACAUGCCAGGAGGAGGUCAACAUGAAGACAGAGAAGGUGGAAUAGCCAGAUCUGCGUCUCUAAGCAGCCUGCUGAUUACCCCGUUCCCAUCGCCCGGGUCUUCUCUCACUAGCAGCUGUGCCAGCAGUUAUCAGAGGCGCUGGCUCCGCAGUCAGACCACCAGCCUAGAAAAUGGGGUUUUCCCAAGAUGGUCAGUGGAGGAGAGUUUCAACAUGUCUGAUGACAGCGGUGGUCCAAAUCUCGGAGCCAUGAGAAAAAAGAAAAUUGCAAUCGGUGUCAUUUUUCUGCUCUCGCAAGACGAAGAGGAGAACAUCAAGUUUCACGACUUCUUCUUCUCUCACUUCCCGCUGUUUGAAAGCCACUUGAACAAACUCAAAAGUGCAAUCGAACAGGCUAUGAAAAUGAGCAGACGAUCAGCUGAUGCAAGCCAGAGGACUUUGGCCUACAACAGGAUUGUGGAUGCUCUGAAUGAAUUUAGGACGACCAUCUGUAACCUGUACACCAUGCCGCGGAUUGCAGAGCCAGUGUGGCUCACCAUGAUCUCCGGAUCUCCAGAGAAGAACCAGCUCUGUCGCCAGUUUAUGAGCGAGUUUGCUUUCCUGAUGGAACAGGCAACCAAGAACCAGUUCCUGCCAGCGCUGCUCACAGCAGUACUUACUAACCACCUGGCCUGGGUCCCCACGGUCAUGCCAAAUGGACAGCCUCUCAUUAGAAUCUUUCUGGAGAAACGUUCCUCACAGAGCGUGGACAUGCUGGCGAAGACACACCCGUAUAACCCCCUGUGGGCACAGCUGGGUGAUUUGUACGGUGCUAUUGGCUCACCUGUUAGACUAUCGAGAACUGUGGUUGUUGGCAAAAAACAAGACCUUGUUCAGCGAUUGCUUUACUUCCUCACCUAUUUUAUUCGGUGCUCGGAGCUCCAAGAGAACCGUCUGAUUGAGAACGGGGAAGAUGAAGCAAUAGUAAUGCCUGGGACUCUCAUUACAACAUCACUGCAGAAAGGAGAGGUGGAGGACUCGGAUUAUGUACUUGUAACUAUGCAUAAGCACAGAAGUGGUCUUGGACCCCAAGGGACUAAAGGGGAAGAAAACUGCAGCUCAGAAAACAGUUGCCAAAGCAGCACACAUCCCACGCAAGGGAGUGUGGGAUCUGAUAACCCAAGCCAAGAAAACGAAUGCAGCCAAAAGAGUUCCAACAGCGCUCUCAGAUCCCUGUUGAAUAAAAGCACACUCGAAAAUAGAGUGCUGCCAGUAAUUCGCACGGAGGAUGUCAGUGAUAUGAAACCGUAUAAAAAGAUGGCUAGCUGUUGCCUGGAAACAAAAAUGGAGACGGUAGUGUGCGUAGGAUCAUCCUUGAGGGACCAGGGCUCGGUGCUGCCAGCUGGGCUCGAGACAGAUGUAGAAGCCAGGGGCGGUGAUGAGACAGCUGAGGCUGGUAGCAUGUCUAUCAAGGUGUUACGGUCUUCAGGAAUCCCAGUGGAAAAGAAGCCACCAGGUAAGCAUCUGCCUUCUACUUUUCCAUCUGAUGAUGAGCAGCCUUCCACCAAAGUGACUUUUCUGAUUGGAGAUUCAAUGUCGCCAGACUCCGACACGGAAAUCAGGAGGCAAAAAGUAGAGGAGCAAAUUAAAAAGCACAAAAAGCAACUGAAGGAGAAGCAGAGCAGCGCUGAGCUGAAGACACCUGAGACAAAGAAAGCGUCCGAGGACCAAACAAACAAAACCAGCGAGGCUAAAGAAACGCUACUUCUUGUGGCCAGCAAACUCCCUGAGUGGGACCCUCCCCAUGAAGGGUGCAUAGACAUGUUCGACGAGUAUUUUACGGAUGAUAAUCCGGUCGAAACCAGGACUAUCGAUGAUGUGUUACAACUGAAGAAUCCAAGCGGUCCUGAACAAAAAAACAAAGUGCACUUGGAUCGCUCGGAAACUGGUUUCACUGGAAGCCAAGGGCAAAGUGAACCCCCUACCAAUCGGUGUAGUUGCAGCGCAAUGGACAUAAGAAAUCAGAGCUUUUGUCAAACUUGUUCUGCUGAGCAGGACAAAGGGAUCGUAAUCUCUGUUACUGUCCCCCAAGGGGACCAGUUGGAUUUGAAGAAGGUUACCCCACUCUCCGAGUGGGACAUCCCGAGGAACGAGAGCUCUGAUAGUGCGCUAGGGGACAGCGACAGUGAAGACACAGGCCACGACCUGCCGAGACAUGACAGCAGCUGCUGUGGAGAGGAACAGGAAGAAUGGCUGGACGAAGUGGAGAUACCAUUUCCAGGGUCUAAACUAGUUGAAGCCAACUUCUGCAAGCCCAGCAUUGCUAACUUUGGAAGGUCCCUGUUUGGUGGCUACUGCCCAACUUAUGUGAAUGACUUCGUUCUGCAUGGAAUAGCAAGCGACGAGAAGCUGAAGCAGUGUUUAAUGGCGGAUUUGUCCCAUGCUGUACAGCACCCAGUUUUGGAUGAGCCCAUUGCGGAGGCUGUCUGCAUCGUCGCAGACGUUGAAAAGUGGACGGUACAGGUGGCCAGCAGCCAGAGACGGAUGCCGGAAAACAAACUGGGACAGGAAGUUCUAGUGUCCAGCCUCGUCUCCAACCUCCUGCAGUCCACUCUGCAGCUUUACAAGCUCAAUCUGUCGCCAAACUUUUGCAUUAUGCACCUUGAAGACAGACUCCAGGAGCUAUAUUUCAAAAGUAAAAUGCUGUCGGAAUACCUAAAGGGGCAGACGCGAGUGCAUGUGAAGGAACUGGGAAUGGUACUAGGGAUUGAAUCCGGCGACCUUCCUUUGCUGGCAGCUAUAGCAAGUACUCACUCUCCUUACGUGGCUCAGAUACUGCUGUAAAUCGCCAGCAGGCAGAAAUGGAAACUGUUUCAGUGGAAACCAUAGGAAUAGCUGGGAUACAGCUGCAAUCUAGACUGAACAUGCAGAUCCCAAGCCAUCUGCCUUCGGAGGCUGAGCCAUAUUGAUGUGCAGUGCACACAAGCAAGUAACAGAGAUCCCCUGAAUGAGAAGAGACCUGGGACAGAGGAAGGGAAACAGCAUGUUCCUCGAUCUAUCACCUAUCACUUCAUACCAGGAAAGAGUAGCUACCAAAAGGAAGACUGUGUCCUCAUUGAUUUGAAUGUUUGAGGUAUUAUUUUGCCUCUUCAGACGGUUUACACUGUAAAAAGAAAGAAUUUUUAUAAAAGAGCUAGCUGAAGAAGAGGAGCUGCAAAAAGGUACUUUUCUUUGGAAUGUUGUUGCUAAAAAAGGAAGCGGAUUAAAACACCAGCCUAUUCAUUUUUCUGAUUUGAACAGCACUGCUAAGCUUUAUCAUGCGUCUACAUACAGUAUAAAGCAUCUGAACAAGAACAUGUUAGUGCACCACCCUUAAACACACAUCGACUAUUCAUUGUGAAAACCCUUGCUCUAACAUAUGGACCUGCAAUCAAGUGGAUAUGCUGUUAAAUGUGUGUAAUACUGUAUUUUUCAAUUCCACAUUGUGUAAUAUUCUGUUAUAAUCAGUUGCCAGUUUCAGAUGUAUUGGGUAGUUCUCUCCAUGUCUGCGUAAUAUAGGUGUUCUUUUGGAUUUUAAUCAAAGGAAAUAAGUUUUACACCCUGAGCAUUGCACAUCGUUUUGAUGCAGUUCAGAGUUGACUUUUAAAAUAAUACUUUGUUCAUUUCUUUGUUCAUUUUAUACAGUGCUAGAACAACCUUUGUGAAUCUCUUUCGAUACACAUAGCCUAAAGGUCGAUCUGAGUCUGAAAAUCAAGUUAUGACAUUUCCUGACAGUCUCAAAAAUGCAAUACUACUUCUGACCUCUAGAGGGCUGCACUGAGGGUUUGUCACUGCUCACUGUUUUUUUUUAGCUACCGAAUUGUUUUCAUCAUUUAACAAACUGCUUUUGCAGCAAAACACACUUUCUCUUUUCACAAGGCAUAACAGGGGAUUCCUCACAAGGAUGUUGAAUUUUUGUUAUUCGCCAGACUAUAUUAUGCUAAAUGAGCAUUUCUUUAAUGGAUUUAUUAUGCUUUACAGAUACUGUGCCUCCACGUCUGCAGAAUUAACAUUUCUACAGCAAGUUUCGACUUUCAGGUUUUCUACCAACAUAAAAACAGGCUGAUUGAUACACACAAGAAUAUACAAGACCUUUUCCAAGUAAAAAAUAUAGACAUUACAGUACGUACAUUUUAUAUAAGGGAAUAUAGUUGUGUGGGAUACAUCAAAGGGCAAUUUUUAAAAGAGAUCUCUUUUUCUGAUAUUUGUACCACAGUUGCUGCAUAACUACAUAAUUUUUUAUUCCUGUAUGUUAUUGAUAGCUGGAUAUGUCAUGUACUAAAGUCUUAAUUGACAUGUGGCAUGCUGCAUACAAAAAUGUGUCAUAGGAGUGUUGCUUUUGUGGGCUCAUUUUUAAUGUCCUUCUUUUAAUAACUGUUGGCUGCUGUACAUGUAGCAUUCUGUCACUGCGAUUUGUAAAGAACAUAUAUAUAUUUUUAAAUAUAUUGUUAAAUUAUUUAGAAUGUAUGGGCGUGCAAGUUGUAAUUGUAAAUACUUGUGUUAUCUAUGUUAUCACAUUUUGUACAUAAUAUGCACUGUACUUCUGAAUUAUUAUUUCCCAAUUUUAUGGGAAUGUUGUGCAAUAAAUAUGCCAUUAUUAUUAUUA